GUGGGCGGAGGCACAUGCGCGGCUCCCGGUACUUGUUGAUUUGACUUCGUUACUUUUGGGCCCCGGACGCCGCCCCCGCCCGGGGCAGGAGAAACUCGCCAGAGCGGCCGGAGACCGCGGGCGGGCAGCCAGGCGCCGCUGCAGAGGUUGGCAGGAGGCCUCUCCAGCCCGCCCCGCCCUGCCCCAGGUUUUCAGAGGAAGACUCCAGCUUUCUAGUUCUAAUCGCUGGCGAGCCAUUUGUAUCUGGAACUGUCCAUCAAAUCCCCAGCCACGACCGGGGCUGUGUUUGCCUUUUGGGGAGAUUGCCCCCUCGGUUUUGCUUUCCCUGCUGUGGCAUUGGAGUGGCUGGUGCCCCGACAGGCUUCGGGCAGAGAGCUAGGCCGAGAAAGCCAGAGCCUGUCUCCUGUGCCAUGACAGUGUUACACUCUGACUUGAAUUCUUAAGGCUACUCAAGACCACAUUUAUGUAUUUGAUGAUCCGGAACAGAGCAUCCAGAGCAGUGUUUUCUUUGUCAAAUCUGGGAAAUACUUUUGUGAGAAGUAUAUGCUUGCAAUUGGAUGUACUGGAUGUCACCGUCCUCAGCACGGGUUCAGAGACUUGCAAUCUUUGCUCCCAAGAAAUUGAGCUCUCUAGGGUGUAUUCUCCCUAUGAAUUUGUCAUUUACAGACACCUUCCAUAUGAUAUUCUUUUAUUCCAAGUAAUUGAGAGCUCUGGGAAUCAGGUUUAGAAGAUUUGAGAAGGCACUUUAAAAACAGCAAAUCCAGAAAGGAGACACAAGAUGUUUCCUUUCCUGUUUCUGGACGUUGGACAUUCCCAUCUAGCCUACUUCCGGAGUAGAAAUAGAUCCGUCUUGUCAGAUAAGACUUACUGCUACAGCACUGCACAGGGCAGUACUGUGCUCCAAGGAAUAACUUUUGGUGGAAUCCCUACUGUCCUGCUGCUUGAUGUUACUUGCUUUUUGAUUUUAAUAUUAGCGUUUUCCAUUAUAAGGAAGAGAUUCUGGGACUAUGGUCGCCUUGCCUUGAUGUCAGAAACUGAAAGUGAAUCAAGAUACCGCCCAUUGUCUCUUUCCUCGUCGGUACAUGAUCCUGAAUAUGACAGUGGGUUUUGUUCCUGGAUGACAUCUGCCUUUCGAAUGCAUGAUGAAGAGAUUCGUGAGAAAUGUGGUGAUGAUGCCAUGCACUACCUUGCCUUUCAGCGCCACAUCAUUUGCCUGCUGGUUGCUGUCAGCAUUUUGUCUGUUUGUAUCAUAUUGCCUGUCAAUCUUUCAGGUGACUUACUUGAUAAAGAUCCUUAUAGUUUUGGGAGAACUACUAUAGCAAAUUUACAAACUGGCAACAAUCUUCUUUGGUUGCACACUGUUUUUGCUGUUGUUUACCUGAUUUUGACUCUUGUCUUCAUGAGACAUCACACCAUGUACAUCAAGUAUAAAGAGGAAAACACAGUCAGGUGCACGCUGUUUAUAACUGGCCUUCCCAAAAAUGCAAAGAAAGAGGCUAUAGAAAACCACUUCAUUGCUGCGUAUCCGACCUGUAAAGUGCUAGAGGUCCAGCUGUGUUAUGAUGUAGCUAGGCUUACCAGUUUGCACAAUGAAAGAAAAAAGGCAGAAAAAAGUCUGAUGUAUUUUACGCAUCUGCAUGAGAAGAAUGGCAGGCAGGUCCGAAUCAACCCAAAGCCAUGUGGUCAAUUCUGCUGUUGUGAAAUCAGAGGAUGUGAAAGGGUAGAUGCUAUAGAUUACUAUACCCAAGUGACAAAUAAGCUGAUGGAGGAGUACUUGAAAGAGGAGCAAACUGUUCAUGAUAGCCCACUGGGAAUGGCUUUUGUAACAUUCCAGGAGAAAUCCAUGGCAACAUAUAUUCUGAAAGACUUCAAUGCCUGCAAAUGCCAGAGUUUUAAGUGUAAAGGGGAACCUCAGCCAUCAGCAUACAGCAAAGAACUCUGCAUUUUAAACUGGAAUGUUACAUAUGCCACCUAUCCAGAGAAUAUUUGUUGGAACAAUUUUUCAGUGCGUGGGCUAAAGUGGUGGUUUAGAUGGUUUUGCAUUAAUUUGCUCCUUUUUAUUGUGCUUUUUUUUCUGACUACUCCUUCCAUAAUCAUCUCCACCAUGGACAAGUUCAAUGUCACCAAACCUAUUCAUUACCUUAACAAUCCUAUUGUUAGUCAGUUCUUCCCAACGCUCCUCCUGUGGUCCUUUUCAUCUCUGCUACCAACAAUUGUGUACUACUCAACAUUAUUGGAAUCCCACUGGACAAAGUCUGGAGAAAACAGAAUAAUGAUGCAUAAAGUGUACAUUUUUUUGAUCUUCAUGGUGUUGAUUUUGCCUUCCCUUGGUCUGACCAGUCUUGAUUUUUUCUUCCGUUGGCUGUUUGACAGAGAGUCGGCUGAUUCUACAGUCAGGUUGGAAUGUGUCUUCUUGCCUGACCAGGGAGCCUUCUUUGUGAACUACGUGAUUGCCUCGGCUUUCAUUGGCAAUGGGAUGGAGCUACUGCGCUUGCCUGGCCUCAUCCUCUACACCAUACGCAUGAUAAUGGCCAAGUCCCCUGCUGAGAGGAAAAACAUUAAACAGCAUCAAGCAUUUGAGUAUGAGUUUGGAGCAAUGUAUGCCUGGAUGUUGUGUGUAUUCACUGUCAUCAUGGCCUAUAGCAUUACAUGCCCCAUUAUUGUCCCAUUUGGUUUAAUAUAUAUACUGCUGAAGCAUAUGGUUGAUCGCCACAAUCUUUACUAUGCAUUUCUCCCUGCUAAACUGGAGAAGAAGAUCCACUUUGCAGCUGUGAAUCAGGCCCUUGCAGCUCCGAUCCUCUGUCUGUUUUGGCUCUAUUUUUUUUCAUUUUUGCGACUAGGUUUUAAAGCUCCCACGACCCUCUUUACGUUCCUAGUCGUCAGCAUCACAAUUGUCGUUUGUUUUGCUUAUAGUUGUUUUGUCUGCUUCAAGUACCUGAGCCCGCUGAAUUACAAGAUAGAAUUGCCAAGUGGAAGAGGAAGUGACGCUGAUGCAGAAGCAGCUCCAAGAUCUGCUAUUUAUCUCCCACGGGUCUUGCUUAGUCAUCCUACGGAAAGGACAGCACUGGCUCAGAAGGAGCAGCAGUCAUAUGGCACCAUGGGUACUGAUGCACUGGCAGAAGACAGCAUAGCCUACUUCGGGGCACCUGCAGUAAUUGAAGAGGCAUAAAGUAUUUCUGCUGAUCUCCAGGACUAACACAAGGUGGUGCACUUGGUCCAGCUUUAAUAGAACUGAUCCCUCAAGCAUUCUGAUUUAUUUACCCUGUCUGCAGAAGAGGAACAGAAAUAAUUCAGCAUGUGAUCUGCAGCUCUACUUGGGAGAUUAAAAAGCAGCCACCUUGGGACCGAUCGUUUUACAGGCCAUCUACACGCAUUGUGAAACAAGUCUGCUGAAUGGUAUGAAGGAGACAAUCCGCAGGGACUAUUACUUUGGGUUUACCGUGGAAUCACUUGCCUUAUGGAGAGAUUUCACUCUUCACAGAGAUAAAAGGUCAGUGAAGCAAAGCAGCCCCACAACUGUAGGUGUCAAUUUAUUUGAAAUGACUCCCCUUGAAUUUUAACCAGUGCCAAGGAUUUAUUAAUCACUGGGAUUGAUAAAUCUAGAAACUGUCAGUUUUGAUGAAAAUUUGAAAGCAAAUACUACCCUUACUGGUGAGAGCCAGGGAAAAGGCUUGCGGUGUCUCCUCUCCCCCACCCCCAAAUACCCAGUCCACGCAACGUUACUUUUAUGAAAGAGAUGAGGGCUCUAUUGUGCACUUUGAUCGUGAAUGUACCAAAUCCAGAGGACUUUUGUGAAUAAGGGAUUGAUCUGCUAUAACUUUUAUAUAUUUUUGCAGGGGAUGCAUUAGUUACUUUCUGGUGACUAUGUUAGGGCCUUGCACAAGAAACGUUCACCUGCCAACAAUAAAGGAUGUAAACAUUUUAUCUUUUUCUUUUUUUAAUCUCUCUGGUUACCGUGACAAAUUUCUGCCAGUUUCUGGUAAGUGCCAAUCGUAUGAACUGUAAGAUGUUACACCGUUUUUAAGUAUGUAGUAGGAGCCAAUUUAUCCUAAAGCUACAUUGUGUCAAAGCAUAACUAAGCAAUAAUCACAUAACAAUAAAACACAGAGUUCAGCGAAA